AUCUGUUCAUCGUAUACACGGUAUUACACAAAAGCACAUCAAGUGACAUAGUCACGGUAUCGGUACACUACCAUUUGUCAUGAAACAAGUAAUCAAGCCUAUGUAGGACCGUCCUUUUGUGCUUCGCGAGCUAGAUUAGUAGAAUCCGAGCACCAUGAGGAUCACGGUCCGACCUUCUAUAAAGCGCUCAGUCAACUUGAACAAGUUCAAGUUGUCGCUGUCCUUUUUGAAUCCUGGCUGGUCAAUCUUCGUUGGCGCCAGCUCGAAAUCAACCCCAAGAUCAUGGCUCACCCUGUCUUAUGGAGAGGAAAAGUGUUCUUCUAUCCUAUUGGCAAUACAUCUGCAGUUUGCCUCACCCAGGAUCUGUGUCCAACCGAAUACGCAGAUAUGCUGCUUCUUGGGUGCGGCGACCCAAGGCAUAUUCUUUACACCGUAUAUACAAACAGCGCUGGCUUGCAAGGGUCACGAAAACUGGACUUCACUUGCUGCGACAUCGAGAGUGCAGUUAUUGCUCGUAACGUUAUCUUGUUCACCCUCCUUGCCGAUAAAGGCGCUGUGCAGAGAUUGCCACAUAUUUGGAACAUCUUUUUCCAUUUUUUCCUCGAUAAAGCUUCCCUCGACCUGCUCACAUCCCAGUGUAAGAAGUUAAUCGAGCUAUCUAGUACUCUCGAUAGCUGGAACAGUGGUCCAUAUGGUCACUUCCUCCGUAUCUGCACUGCAGAUACUCUCGCUGAGUUGCGACGCCUUUGGCAGCUCUACAUCAAGACGACCACUUUCUCUCCUAGCCAGGCAAAAGCAUUUCAAUCUGCAUAUGCUGCCGAUAUCAAGGCUAGCAGGGCUCGGUUUAAGGACGUGUCUACAGGAAGUCGGGCAGCUGGACCAUUGUCGAUGUAUGCGACCAACAUAGCGGUAGAUCACUACAACAUUUACUGGGAGACAGGUGUAUGCUCUGCCACCCGUGAGAGACCCUCGGAGGUGUCACAUCCAAAUCCAACCUUGGCAUACUCCAUGGCUGGUGACAAAUUUGCCGUCCACUAUGGAACGGAUCCUCUCGCUUGCUUCCACUUGGCAGAGGCCCUUGCGCCAGCGGUCGGAAGCUCUCCAGAGGACUUUACUCUCAAAAACGUACUAGCUGUUUGCAAGGCGCAGUUUUCCAGGUGGUGUACUUCGGUUUCCAAAGUAUUGCAUGGUCACCAUCCAUCUUCGAGCCCGCUCAUCAUACGUUGCUUUGUGGGUGACGCUCUCAGCUUGUCCCAAGCCAUUGGCUACUGCCGCACCAGGAAAUCGACAUCCACACCAUUCCCUGUUGCACCUUGGAAGCACGGGUGCAUCACACUUGAUCCUGACGCUUAUGGAACUUGUGCGCAGUCGCCCGCACCGACCGCAUUCAAUGUCAUUGAUACCUCCAACCUUCUCGAUCACGUCGGAUUGUUGAACGUCCUCGCUACUACUUCUUCCAUUCUCAAGCGAACUCCAUCCGCUACGUUGUACACGGAAGGUCUCGCUGGAAGCAGCACAGAAGACACAUUGUCACAACAACUCUGUGGAGAUAUCGCGACUAUUGGUCUGCUCCUCGGCCUCAUUCCCUCGUCCUUCGUAUCGCAGUUCACGAACCGGUCGAACAUGCAUGAGAUAAUCAUGCGGGUGUCACAACAGCAUGCUUCCCAGAAUCACGAGCGCCUCACCUGGAAGGUGAUCGGCGGGGCUGAGAGACUCGUGACUGAUCCUGACUGCCCCAUCGACAUCGCUCCAGAGCAGCUCGCGGGCGUCCUCUUCAACAUUUACCUCGGCCUGUUUUCUCAUGAAAACGCGGCAAAAAGGUUGGCCAUGUCGAAGCAGACGUCCGCGUCAGCUCAACACUCGAUCGUACAUUACCAUCGUCGUUCCUUCGCGGAGAUUUUGCGUGUCAUUAAGAGGAGAGUGAUCGCAGAUUGGGAUUCAACCAUGAACAUACUUCUCGGUAAGAUUCAGAAUGACAGGACCCUUCUGACCGGGAUGAACUAUUACCAAGAACUCGGCUGCCAGUUGCACCUUGCCGGUGUUUUCACUGCGGAUUGGAUGUCCCUUGAAGAGGCACAGGAGACGUAUCGCGUUGGGAGGCCUGUUGUCUUUCGCGAUUGGAAGACCCUCUCACAAACUGUCUGUAUCGUCCUCGUCGUCCCCCGGAAUCGCCUUCAGCCGCUCUUACCCGAUCUUGACAGGACUGGAACACCUGUGUUGCAGUGCCACGUGAAAGGCGGAAUGACUUCAAAUGCAUUCUCUUCCAUCAACACAGUGUUCGGUACCGUUAAGAUCAGCGGCAAGGGCGAUGGCAAAACUGCGGCCAUUAAUGAGGACGCCGCUGGACGGUACGGAACUUCCCCUCUCGUGGUGUGGUUCCGGCUGCCGUCCUAUGUGCUGAUGAACCAGCCUCGUUCGCGGGUCAUGUUAUCUGUUUUCCCCACCCCAGCGGCUUCCUCACUCGCCACGAAACUGGGGCUUGAUCUUUCCUUAUUCUGCGCGGACCUAGGAGACGAGAAAUUCGUGCACGUUCUUCAACAGUGCCCUGAUGCCGGCCCAGAGAGUCCCGAGGAUAAGCAUAUGCAGAUCGACAGUCGUUCCAUGAAACCAUCUGGCCCAUCCACAUUCGUCACGUUAGAUAAAGGAUGCCAGAAACCUCUGACGUUCACUACUCGUGUGGAUAUCGUCGAACCGGAGAUGAAAGCUUCUCUGAUCAGCGGCGCUACUCCCACUGUGAAUCAAGCUUCUAUGAAUUCAAUCGCCAUCGUUCUUGGAAACCACUCUUUGGAAUUCCCUUGCCCACUUCCUAUUGAUGCCAAGAAAGUAAAGUUCCGUAUUGCACGAAAAUCGCUAUACAUCGAAGUUAUCCUGCCCCUGAAACUUGCCCUUGGAGGAACCAACAUGAUGAACAUGUUUCCUGUUAUUCCUCAGGGAGGCGAUCUUGUUCUCUGGAACAUGCACCGCGUCAACCUCGAUCAAUGUGUGCCUUUCAGCAUCGCCAACGAGAAGGCUCUUCAAUGGGUUAACCCUCACGUCUUCCUCAUGAUAUCUGAGCGUGAAAGAAGCAUCCCCCGGAAAUUGUCAACAGGGUCCACGCUAUUGGAUAUCAAGUAUACACUUCAUGGUAUCUUCGGGCACGCAAGCUGGCUCUCGAAGGGCAAGCCCCCUCUAGGGUAUGCCAUACAGGCGACAGAAGAACGCAAGAUAUUUGUUCUGUUCUACAUCACGGACCUCCGCUUGGACGUCGGCUCGCACACCAUUGUCGCUGAUACUUGGGUGAUGCCGUCUUCUCCCACAGCUGAGAACUUCGAGGCUUGUAUGCAUCUGACGCCUGGCAAUAUACUGUCGGUUGCGAUGGGUGUUGAGGAGAGGAAAGCAUGGGCGCACCUCCUCGUAGCCGCGACGGAGCGCUGCCGUACCUGGGAGCACAAACCCACCUGCGAGUAUCGCGUCCAAGGCGUCAUCCCUCUCACUUUGGAGCCAGACAAGAGUCCUAUUUGUUCUUGUGGUGCCGGGGUGGGAACAGAGGCGUUUGUGAAGAAAUUCCCGAUGCUUCGAUCGCUUGCGCCUUGUUUGACGAGGGCAGCGAUUAGUCCGCUGUUCGCGCCCUCGUACUUGGACAAGGUCGGUAAUCUUGAAGGUGCUGCUGCUGAGAUGGGGACUCCACCGACGCCUGCGCCAGCACCAGCGAUGCGUAGUGGUUGCGCUGCUUGUGGAAAGGCAGAAAGUGCUACUGGGUCGUUGCUGCUCUGUGGCAGGUGCAAGGUUGUGCGGUAUUGCUCAGAGGGCUGUCAGCGCAAGGACUGGAAAGAGCACAAGAAGUCCUGUGCAGUACCAUCUUCCUGAGGAACUCGUCGUUCGUCCCGAGUAGAUGUUCAAUUGUGUUGAUUUUUUUUUUGCUGAAUCCAAGCACAGGCAUCUCCAUCUUUACCUGAUAAUCGUUUCUCUCUUGCUCUACAAGUUGGUACGAAGUUACAUUGCCUAUCCCCACUGACAUGUCAUGAGUGUCACUUCUGUUUUGUGUGGAGCUCCUCAUGUAGAUAAAUGUAGGUACCUGUACUGUUUGUAACUUUAGGAUCAAAUUACGACUUCCAUUGACGUGAUCGGGCUACAUUCGCUUAGAUAUAUUUGGAUCAAAACAAAGCAUCC